GGGGACGCUGGGAGUUGUGGUCCCGGCGGAGGGGCGGGGCGGAAGCCGCCAAUAAGACGUAGGGGCGGGGCCGGGCGCGGCAGACGCCGGCCGGUAUCGGAUCAGCGUGCCACAAUGUCACCCAGCCAGGAAUCUGUUUACCCUGACUAUGAGACAGAGACCAGCCAGACCUCGAAGCUGAUAAAAAAGUUUAAGGAGACGCCAUUUGUGCCCAUUGGGAUGGCUGGCUUCACCGCCGUGGUUGCCUACGGGCUGUACAAGCUGAAGCACAGAGGUGACAUGAAAUUGUCCCUUCACUUGAUCCACAUGCGUGUGGCAGCCCAGGGCUUCGCCGUGGGAGCCCUGACGUGUGGGGUGCUGUAUUCCAUGUUCCAGGAGUAUGUGGUGAAGCCCAAAGAAUAGUGGGAAGCUGUCUGAAAUCCCUGUCCUGGUGGUGGCCUGUGUACUGCAGCUCCAAAGCUCCUAUUGAGGGGUUCUUGAAGAAAACAAAUAAUACAUGGCAUUAGAGAAUUGUUCUUUUUUGUGUAUGGUACACUGUGCUGAACCUGGCAGCCUCAGAAUGUGACCUGUGGCUAUUGGGAUCUGGGUCUCUCUGAUUGAUGCCACCACAUCCCAGUUUUUAAGGGAUAUCAUGGAGUGCAAUCCCUCUAUCUUCCCCUUCAACUCAGUCCUAAAACUUCCUAAAUCAGAAGAAACUGAUUUCUUCUGCUGUUGUUACCCAAACCCAUGAUGUCUGAACUGGCUUCUGUCAGGGAAUGUCAGGAAAGCCUUGCUGUCAUUUUCUAUCCUCUGCCUCCAACUUUGUAAUUUAGAAGCUUCCUGUAGCACUUAAUGACUUCUAAAGUAUUGAGAGCUAUAUAAACAUCUAUAUUUUUUAUUUAAAGCAUAGAGAUAAGUAUGUCACAGCUAUUUAAAUGUUAUAUUUAUUCAUUGUUAACGAAGACACAGGCUCCAUAUUUUUGCUAUAUCAGACCCUUGGAUUAUGGUAUUUUGUAACUUUAUUUAGGGUGUUCUUCUGAGUAACAUCUAAAUGUAACAUUUAAAAUACAGAUUGUGAAAACUAAA